CGUGAAACGUCAAUACACAGAAUCUCUAAUCUGUAUGUAAAACAAUGUCUUAAAACUAAUUUUAAAGUCAAUUAGAAUACUACAUCCCUUAAAGCUCAUCCCUUUAUAGAAAACUUGUAAUGUGUUAGUGAUUAACUCUAAAAAUGGCCGAUCUAAUACGCACCGGUAGCGGACACAACCAAGGUAUACAAAAAGAUAAAUUAGGCUCCCCUAGCACAGGAAGUGAGGAUGGGAACGAACAGGACACCCAGGGGGCCAUCAAACCCGAGCAAGAGGAACAAGAUUUAGGUGAUAGUGCUCAUUAUGCCCCCGCAGAAACCCAGUGGUAUCACGGCAGGCUCGAUAGGUACCAGGCUGAAGAAAGGCUCUGGCAAAGCAACAAAUUAGGCUCUUAUUUAGUGAGGGAAAGCGACAGAAAGCCUGGGAGCUAUGUCCUGUCAUACUUGGGGAGGACUGGGAUGAAUCACUUUAGAAUCACAGCUGUGUGUGGAGAUUUCUAUAUAGGGGGUAGACAGUUUGUUUCAUUGAAUGAUCUUGUGGGGUACUAUAAGGAAUGUAGUGAUUUAUUGAAGAGGGAGAGGCUGGUUCAUCCGGUACCUCCACCUGAACCAGUGAAUGACAAAAAGAGAGUUGUGGCCAUAUUACCCUACACAAAGAUGCCCGAUACAGAUGAACUGACAUUUAAAAAGGGCGAUAUCUUCUUCGUUCAUAAUGAUAUGGGAAACGGUUGGUUGUGGGUGACUGCUCAUCGAACUGGAGAACAGGGCAUGAUAUUUAGAGAGCUUGUAGAAGAUUUAGAUGAUAGUAUAGAUCCUAAUACAGUGUUCCCUUGGUUUCAUCCCAAUUGCACAAAAAAUGAAGCUGUGGAUUUAUUAGUAAAAGCUGGACCUGGAAGUUUCUUAGUGAGACCUAGUGAUAAUUCGCCUGGAGACUAUUCCCUAUUCUUCCAUAUCAACAAUCAAAUUCAGCGUUUUAGGAUCGAGAAGAAGGGCGUGAGGUACCUGAUGGGCGGUAGGAUAUUCGAAUGUUUAGAUGCUGUUAUCAAUAGGUAUAGGAAGGAACAGAUCGUUGAAGGAUACACUCUUCAACAUCCGCUCGUAGUAGACGGUUCCAAACAACUCGAUUGGGUACCGGAGAACCAAAAAGCCAAAUCGGAAGCUGAGAAAAUCUACGCAACUCUGCGGGAAUGUCGAGACCAAGCAGGCUUGAAGAAAAUGCGCGGCAUCAAGCACCAAGGAUAUUUGCACAGAAAGUCGGAUAAGGCCGCCAAAAAGUGGAAACUGUUGUACUUUGUUCUUUUAGUAGACGGUACUGACACGCAUCUGUACCUCUAUGAGAAUCCCAAAAGGACCAAGCCCAAGGGAUUGAUAGAUUUGUCGUGUGCGUAUCUAUAUCAGGUACACGACAGUCUGUGGGAACGCUCCCACUGCCUCCAGCUAGUCGAAAGAGCUCUCCCAUGUCUAGCUACCGUUACCCACCUCGCCGCCAGAUCUACAGAAGACUGUCAAGAAUGGGUGAACGCCCUGAAACCCUUGUGCGUUCCCCAGCUGAGCAAAGCCACGUCCAAAGUGCCAAGAUUGCGGGAACUGCGUUGUUUGACCUUACACAUCAUCGACGCACAUCGGUUACCAUAUAAACUAGUGCCACAACCUUAUGUUACCAUUCAACUCAACAAUCAGGUCAGAGUUGCCAGGACCAGGACCAAGUCGGGUCCCGACCCGGUGUGGGAUGAGGAAUUCGUCUUUGACGACGUGCCAUGUGAUAUUGUGUCAUUCACCCUCACUGUUCAUAAUAAAGGAAAGAGAGGGAAAGAGCAGGAAGUAGCUGAACUCCACGUAGAGCUAUCGUCCUUAGGUAACGGAGAGGAGAGAGAAGAGUGGUACACCUUGUCGGGACUAACGCCAAUGGGUGAAUGGGGCUCUCUAAGACUUAAAACAAGGUAUCUGCAUGAUUUGGUUAUGCCGGGUGAAGAAUACAGUCCCUUGCAACAGUUAUUACUUGAACCUGGCUUGGUAUCUGUUAAAACUUUAGCGGAAAUUUGUCAUUCUGAUAGAGCUCCAUUAGCUACGGCUCUAUUACGAGUUUUUAGAGCGGAAGGAAGAGAAACUGAACUGUUACGGGAACUCAAUACUGCAGAGAUUCUGAGGGAAACAGAAACGUCAACGUUGUUCAGAGCAGCUUCUUUAGCAACUACAUUAAUGGAUUUGUAUAUGAAAGCAGAAUGUGGGGGUUUCCUACAGGCAGCUGUACUGGAAACGGUUUUGAGAUUACUGGAGAGCAAACAGAGCGCUGAGUUAAAUCCUGCCAAAAUGGACUCCUUGGAUGAUGCUUGUAACAACGCUGAAUUCCUAUUACAGAUUUUGGAUCAGGUAACACUCAGCAUAUUCAUGUCUCCAGACGCCUGUCCUAGAUCCGUACGGUACAUCUGUGGCUGCUUACAAAAGGCAGUCGUCUCAAAGUGGGCCGACGAACGGUUCGUUCGUACCCGCGUAGUGUCAGGUUUCAUCUUCCUCAGACUGCUCUGCCCAGCUCUCUUGAAUCCGCGACAAUUCGGCCUCGUCAGCGAACAACCAACUCCAGCAGCUACAAGAAGUCUAGUAAUGGUAGCUAAAUGUCUUCAAAAUCUCGCUAACUUGGUGGAAUUUGGUGGUAAGGAGCCCUACAUGGAAGUCGUCAAUCCCUUCAUACUCAAAAACAAAGAACGGAUGGUGGUCUUCCUCGACCAACUCUCCAUGGUUGGCGACCCUGGAGAACCUCGUGUCACCAACGUCCCCGACAGUGCCAAAGAACUAGCUACUCUACAUCACAUAUGCGUCGCCCACCUCCCGGAACUCCAGGCGGUCGCAAAACUCAACUCAAACAUCAAAACUUUGGUUACAGUUACUGAAAUGUUGGCCAAGCACAAGCAAAAGUACUUGGAGAUGAUCAGAUAGUAGGAUGAAGGCGUAGAACUGUUUUACUGAUGGUAGAGCAAGAGGUGGCAACGAUCUAAUAGAUUGUUUAACAAGAUAUUUAUUAGCUUUUCGUGCUUAACAAAUUAUUUAAAAGUCAAAAGUUACAGUUUUAUAAUUAUCUUAACCAGUCUUUCUUAUUGGUCUUCUACGUAAAAUAUUUUCUUAAAAAUUGUCGAGAGAAGUAUGUUAGAGUCACUUUAUUUACAAAUAACGUACAGUAGGCGUGCCAAAAUUUAAAUUCAUGCGAAUUUAUUGAACUGGAAAUAUUGUUUCACUAAUUUAUAACAAAAACAAGGAAAAACGUAAAAAAAAUUGUGCAGAAUCGGAUCUAAAAACUCGAAAAUCGACUCGCGUUAUUUUAUUCAGUACUCGACAGUUUUGACUUUAAACCUCAUCUGUAAAGUAAACGAAUUAAAUAAUUUUAAUCCGAAUCUGGAAGAAUCAUCAAAAAUAAUUUGAAAGAUUGCGCCCACCUCUAACAUUUUACGUAUUAUAUAGAGGUGGGAUUCAUUCCAACUACUUUUAAACUUUAAGGCCAGUUCUACCUUUAAGUAAUGUAAAGACUUCCGCAAUAUUAGGUACACACUCGUUUCCGCCUCUUCUUCUACUCAAAGAGCCAAGUCAAUGUUUUUAUUUUAUUUUCUAGUUCUAUUUUUAGGUUUAUAUUUUUUGUACAGGGUUUUCUAUUCGAGUGUUACUUUAGAAUUAGAACAGUUUUAUACCUAACCUACUGAUUUUUCUGAUCUCCUCGAUGUAAGAGCGGGGGCAGUCGUUUUGUAUGUGCAAAAGACAAUAAAACACAAAAAAUCGUCUGAAAGUUUGGUCAAAUAGACUUUUUUUAAGUUUCUCUACGGUUCUUGGUAAUUUUUUUAGUAAUUGAGAAAUUAUCAUAAAAAAAGUCAUAAGUCAAUCUCAUUUUGUUUAUUAGAAGUGGUUUUAUUGCAGUAAUGAAUGAUUUAUUAUCGUGGUUAUCACUUAUAUCAGACAAAAACUUGAUUUCAUAAAAAAUACAUAUCCCCAAACAUUUCAGUACGCACUAUCGGUCUUGAUUUUCACUAUAAAUCGGUUAAUGCAGUGUAAAGCAUUUCAAAAUGUCAUAUAUCACUUAAAUUGUCCGCUAGAGGCAUAAGUGUCUACAUAAAUGUGAAAAUAUCACUGAAAGCAUCGCUAGAAGCACAAUGAAAGAUAAGUCGGUCCUUAAAAGACCAAUGUGACAAAAAACAUUGCUGAAGAAGCUGGUGGUUACUGGGGUUACUGCAUAAAUAUCAAAAUUUGCUUAAAACGCCAACUAGAAGCACCACUGUAGACAAACAGUUGCAUAAAACAAGAAUAGUUUCCCUAGAGGAGAGAAAACAUUCCAAAGUGUCAAAUGUCACUUGAAAUAUCCGCUAGAUGUCCUACUGUAUAGUUUUCAUAAGUAUCACUGAAAACAACGUUUGAGACUAGUGAACACACUUAAAACAUGUCAAAUGUAAUUUAAAACGUCUACUAGAGCCAACAGUGCAGUAAAAAGUACACAUAAAUGUCAAAUUUCACCAAAAACAUUGCUGAUGAAGCUAGUGGAGGUUCACAAAUGUCACCUAAAACGCCAUAUGGAGAAAAACUUCUACCAAUGCAGUAAGAGACAUACAUAAGUGUCAAAUGACACCAAAAACAUCACUAGUGGACAGUAAGUCAUCUCAAAGUAUCAAAUUUUACUUUGAAAUGCCCGCUAUAGGCACUGAAGUAGAUUAAGUUGUGCAUAAAUAUCAAAUAUCGCCUAGUGCAGACUAUUAAAAACUUGAAAUGUCAUUUAAAAUGACUUCCAGAGGCAACAGUGUACCAUAAGUUCUGCAUAAAUGUCAAAUUUUACCAAAAACAUCGCUGGAGACGCUGGUGAACGAUUAGUAUCCUAAAAUGUCAAACGUCACUAAAAAUAUUGCUGAGAAAGUUAAUGAGGACUUGUCAAACGUCACUGAAAACUUCAAAUGUCACUUAAAAUGACUUUUAAAGAGGCAAUAGUGCAUUGUAAGUUCUGCAUAAAUGUCAAAUUUUACCAAAAACGUCGCUGGGGACCCCGGGGGAAUGGCCAAACGUUACUAAAAACGCUCAUUAGAGGGGCCAGUUCAUAGUAGGGUCUGUAUAAAUGUCAAAUGUAACUUUAAAUGCCCUCUGGAUUUGUAAAAUGCCUGCUAGAUGCGUCAGUGCAUAAAGAUAACUCAAUAUCGAUAAAAUUUUUAAUUAUAUUGUGAUUACUUGGACUAAAAUAUUUAUUAUCGCUCAAUAUAAUACAGUACGUGCCAUGUUAAUGUAAUAAGUCCAACAGAUUUAUUGUUUGGUGCCAUAUUCUGAAUAUGUUAAAAUAACUACCUUAAAACUUACAAGGUAUCGCCAUAUACGUAUGUCCUUCCAGAGAUUGUUCAAUAGCUUUUUCUUUUAAACUUCUCAACAUAUAUCAUCCAGCUCCAUCUAGAUCAUGCAUUUAUUCUUUAAACUCUUUGUUUGUGCUUUUUGGGCAUGUUUUAUAUCCCAACAACAUAAAACUAUUAUUGGCAGCUACUGAAAGAAAGAAACCUAUUAUUCAAAAUGUAUUUCAUUGCUUAGUUCCUUCAUCAUUGAUUUAAACAUGUUGCGUCUUUCAAAAUGUCUAAUAAACGUCAAAAGCUAUCAUCAAAUGACGCCUAAUGCUUUAUAGAUAUAUACUCGCAGGAAAAAUCAAUUAGGACUAAAUCGGCAGAACUAAAUGGCUACUGACUUGUUUUGUUCGUCGCUGGGAAAAACCAUGGUAUGUUUCGUCGAAAUGUCAACAUUUUGACGAUUUGACUCCUUCCUAAAUAGACAUUAGCAUCUUUAUUCGACAAUGUUAACUGAAUCUACAAAGCUCGACGAAAUUAAUAACUGCUUGUCAUAUCUGCAGGACCUUGAAAUACAGUAGUAUUGUUGCCGAUAUAAAAUGUGCUCUCUGUCUGUCUUAUUCACUACACGUCAAAUACGAUCAUUACUGUAAUAAACAACCACAAACACCGUAAAAUACUCACAAAAUCUCACGAAUUUGUUGUCUAUUUGUAUUUACAUCAUAUGUAGACUGCGCAUUUAUUUUAGUUUCCGAUAAGACUGCCAAAAAGUAAUGGAAUACUAAGUCAUUAAUAGAUCGCCUAAAAGCAUUUUUUUUAAUGUGUUAAGGAGUGAUUAUUGUAAUUUUAACUUAUUUCAUGCUAAAUUGUCAUUUUAAGGGGUUUCGGCCUUGUUUCUAUGUUGUAGAAACUUUUAUUCUCAAAAAAAUUUAUAUUUUGCUUUGAUAUUUAUCGAAAGCGUGGUGCGCCACUGGCAACAAAAUGGAAUAUAAGUGAAUUAUUGGUAGAAAUCUCCCUAUUAUCUUAAGGGCCUCAUUCAUGAUCUGAUUUGUAGUACCUCUAGUGGUACGACAAGAGAGAGAGAGUGAUAUGUUGGAUCUAAAAUCAGACCGUGAAUGGGUUGUAGUACUACUAGUAAUACCACUAGUGGUACGACUAGCGGUAUUACAAAGAAAGUUGGAGCGUGAAUGCCGAUGUUGGAUGUUGGAUUAAAAAUUUCCACUACACUGAGAAUCAUAAGUUAAGGAUAUAGAGAAUGUAUGCUCAUUUUUAUAGUUUAUUUUUUCGUGAACCGAUUAACGGAUUUCGCUAAUUUUUGUUUUUAUUAUCUUAGAUACUUCUUUAGUAUUUACACAGUUGUGCAAAAAUUUAAUUAAACUUCUUUUUUGUACUUAUACCGGGUGGAAGAAAAGUAAUGAUUUUCUUAUGUUAAGUUUGAAACACCCGGUAGAGAGAACGAGGUACAAAUCUGUGUAUAGAUCGGAAUCGUAUUGUAGUCUUAUGUUUUGUGAACAUUUUGUUUUUUGAAUCUCCCUGAUAUCUUUAGCUUUCUAAAGAUAAAGAAAAUAACAAAGAAAAUAGGUGGUUUUACUCCUUACCAUGUAUUUUUACCGAAACAAAACUAAAUUAACACUAACAAAUAACAGUUAACAAAACUUUGAAAACAGAAAGUCACAUAACGUAAACGAUUGUCGAUCAGGUAAGUGGUAUGCACAGCACAACUUAAGAGAGACGAUAUUUUUUAAUAGAGGCUCUAUGAUGUUUUGGGGUGGGGUGGAAUUACCCUGAAAGUAAUACGGAUUCGGUGUCUACCUGGAGGCUCUUUAAAUAUCGAGAGUUACAUUACAUAUAUUCUUUUUCUUUGAACACUCUUUUUCUUUCGCACUAUAUAUAGGAAAUAAUGUCUUAGUGGUAUGAUAAGACAUGACCUCCUCACGUAUCGCAGUCGUCAGUUAAAACACAUAUUAAAUAGUAAAACGGUCUAGUUUCUUUGUUAUUAAAGAUAUCAGAAAAUUUUAAAAAAUAAAUGAUUCACAAAAGAUGAGACUACAACAUAGUAUCGAUGCAUAACCACCAUCAUUUUACCUCUUCCUCCCUAAAGGGUGUCUCAAACUUUAGUUUCGGUUAAAACACAAGUUAAAAUACAAAACCGUCUAUUUUCUUUGUUUCUAAAGAUAUCAGGCACAUUCAAAAAAAAUUUCACCAAACAUAAGAAUAUAAUACGAUUCCGAUGCAUUAUUUUACCUCGUCCUCUCUACAGGGUGUUUCAAACUUAACAUAAGAAAAACAUUUCUUUUCCUCCACCCAGUAUAAGUACAAAAAAGAAGUUUGAGUAAAUCUUUGCACAACUGUGAUAAUAUUGUUCGUCCGCUAUAACUUUUCCCAUGCGUCACGAUUCUUUUUCAAACAAAUUAAGUCAAAACAUAACGUCGAUGUGUAUAUACAUUUUGUAUACUGUAUACUAUGUAUAUUAUACUACACACAUCGGCGUACGUUUCACUUUACGUUUUGACUUAAUUUGUUUUAAAAUGAAUCGUGACGCAUGGGAAAAGUUAUAGCGAAACAAUACUAAAGAAAUAUCUAAAAUAGUAAAAAAAAUUAGCGGGAUCCGUUAAUCCGUUCACGAAAAAAUCAACUAUGAAAAUGAGCAUAAAUUUUCUAUAUCCCUAACUUAUGCCUCGCAGUAUAUUACGUAUGGGAUGUCUACAAGUUUCUUUACGCAAACAUUCCUAUUUUGCAAAUAUUUAAUAGAAAAUAACCUGUCACAAAAAUUACCCUUAUUAAAAUACACGAUUAUUUAUUAUCUACUUUUUGUUGGGACCAAUCAUUUUUCUUUCUGUAAAUAAAGACCAGUUUCUUAUUAAUCUAAAACUAUUUUCUUUUGGCAUCUUAUGCAAAUUUACUAUUCAUUUUUAAAUGCAAAUCCCAGCUCCAGUUUAGUUUACUAAAAUAGAAUAUAACUACCCUACGUCUUAAAAAGUCGUAAAAAUUACAAGAGUCGUAAAAAUUAAUUAGUUCAUAUCAGCCCUAGACAAAUGAUAGAGAAACGAAACUUAUGGCAUGCUUAAUAAUUAUGAAACCUCAACUUAUGUACCCAAAUCGUCCGAAUUAUAUUUUGCAUAGACUUUACGGGAUACAUUUUUUAGUGUACACCACCAUGAAAACAGAUGUCUGAAAGGUAAGACCUUUUUUGGCGGCUAGAAAGAUAAAAUUUUGGGUGGUGAAUGGUGUUGUAGUACAACUAGAGGGACCACAAAGUAGUAUCACUCUCUCUCUCUUGUCGUACCACUAGUGGUACUACAAAUCAGAGCGUGAAUGCCCCGUAUUAUUGAAUUGAAGACAGAAUUGAAGCUAACAAGGGGGCGCAGUUUUUCGACCAAAAAAAAAUAAAGGGGCAAUAAUUUGAAAAUUAAACUUGACUUAAUAUAGGAAAGUUUUUAAAGAUCUCGUUUAUGUUAGCUUUAUUUAUGAUUUUUAUCAUGGAAUAAUGAAGUUUGGGACUUCUUUUAUCGACUUCAAACUUCAAGCAAAACAAUUUUUUUAUGCCAAAACAAGUACAAAAAAGCGACAUAUGUAUAUUUCAUUUUGUUGCUGGUACGUAACCCUAAAAGAAUCUUAUAGAACUGAUAUUUUUUUAAUUAUAAACGUAAAAGAAAGAUAUUAACUAUAUUAAUAUUGAUUUUCUUUACUUUUGCAUUUGCAUUUUACUCGUAGAUAAUUGGAACAAAAUAAUUAUAUCAAGAGACUCAAUUUUAAACUUUUUCAAAUAAUCGUAAGCUCAAGAAUUUAUUCUGGGAGUAGGUUUACACUGAACAGCUUUUACCAGCUAGCACUACAACUACUUAUUACGAGUAUGUUGCACUAGAGAAAUGCUGUAGUACAGUUCGACAAGGAUGUAAGUUGUGAUAGGAUGUAUAGACAUUGAAAUAGAAAUAUUUCUUCAAAUUUUUUUAUCACAUUCGGUCAAGAUUUUGAAUACACCACUUCUGACACCAAUUGUUACGUUUUUUUACAAACUGCUUUCAGGAAUGCUGUUUGCGUGAAUAAAGUAAAAUUAUUCAUGUUUAGUCGUUUAUUCGUACAGCUACACAAACAUAUUCGUUUAACUGACUUCUCUUUGUCUAAAUUAUUCUACUGAGUGAACUACUACUAUAUUGUCGUGUAGUUGAAUAGAAUAAGCUGGGCAAUUUGUUCAGUGUAAAUUUACUUUUAGUUCGUUUUUUGGCGUCAAACUUUAAAAUAGGUUCCUGUUGUAUUAAAAUACCGAACAUUUUUUAGCAUGGAGCAACAAUGGAGUGAAACUUCAGAUUUUGGCGAUUUGGCUAGGCUGAGCUUUCGACUCCUCCAUUGGAAUCAUCUUCGUGAUCUUAAUUUACGCAAUCUGAACCGUGAUUGUAAAGUAGGGCGCCUCUAAACAUGCCAAAAUUUAAUAUAUGGCAAAUUUUCAAAAUACUUAAUAGCACCCCUCGUUAUUGUAGUAAACUAGUUUGGAUUUUCUCAUUUUUUUACUUUUGAUACUUUUCAUUGAUUAUAUUGUGAUAUGUGAUAUCUCAGAAUACAUUAAUUAUUGAUUGUUA